AUGUCUAAAUCCUUUUCCGGGGCUGAAGCUAAUUAUGAUACCCACAAUAAGGAGCUCCUAGCAAUCAUCAAGGCCCUGGAGGAAUGGCGCAUUUUCCUAGAAGCAACAGACAAGCCAAUCCAGGUUUUCACGGAUCACAGGAACCUGGAAUACUGGAUGCAGGCACGGACUUUUAACCGCAGACACGCACGAUGGCGCAUCUUCCUGAGCAACUUUAACUUUGAGAUCCACUACCGCCCCGGAAAGCAGUCAGGAAAGCCAGACGCCCUAUCCAGACGAUUGGACUAUGUUGAUUCCCCCCAGGAGCCGGAAGUCAUGUUACCAGCAGAGGUCUUUGCCAACACAUCAGAAAUGGAACUCGAGAUUGUCACAGAAAUCCGAGAUAAGCUGAAAGAUGACCCAUCCCUAGAACCUAUUAUCCAAUUCCUGACAGAAGAUGCGGACAAUGCACCUCCAUCUAUCAGGAAAGCCUAUUGGGACUAUGAUUGGGAAGAAGACCUCCUAUGGUACCGCGGAAAACUGGUGGUCCCAGACUCAGAGCUCAUCAAGGAACGAUUGCUUAAGGAAUUCCACAAUUCCCCCCUGGCAGGACACCCCGGGCAACAAAGAACCUUAGAGCUCCUGAACCGUAACUACUGGUGGCCAGGAAUGAAAUCAUCUGCUAAGGAAUGGGUAGAAUGCUGUCCUACCUGCCAAGCUAAUCGCCGCGCACACGCUCCUGUGAUCUCCCUGAAGCCCUUAGAAGUUCCCCCGUUUCCCUUCCACACAAUAUCCUACGACUUCAUCACAGGGUUCCCCAAGUCUAAUGGAUACAAUGCAAUCCUAGUGGUAAUUGACUCCUUCUCUAAGUUUGGUCACUUCAUCCCAACCACAAAAAGGGUCACAGCCAAGGGACUAGCAGACCUGUUCAUCACCCAUGUCUGGAAGUUACACGGACUACUGGUCAAAACAGUCUCAGACCACGGAACAACGUUCACAGGGAAAUUCCUAAGAGCACUGUACCAACGCCUUGGAAUCAACCCGGCCUUCUCCUCAGCCUACCACCCAGAGUCGGACGGACAGACAGAGAGGGUGAACCAAUUCAUCGAGUUCUACCUCAGAUCCUACGUUGCAGCAGACCAUUCAGACUGGGCUACCUGGUUACUGUUAGCAGAAUAUGCGUACAACAACGCUAGACACUCGGCUACUGGGAAAACCCCCUUUGAACUUGUCUAUGGAAGGAAUCCCAUCAUGAGCCCAUCCAACGUACCAGCAAAUGUCCCAGAAGCCAACCACGUAGCUGACACCCUAGCUCAAGAAUGGAAGGAGGCGGAAUCCGCUCUGAGGCUAACAAAGGAAAGGAUGGCAGGGAUCAAGGGAAUAACACCGGAAUACGCAAUUGGCAAAAAAGUAUGGCUGGAUGGAAAAAACGUGGAGCUCAGAACCAACUCCACCAAAUUGGACCCUAAGAGACUAGGCCCAUUUGAAGUCCUAGAGCAAAUAUCCAGCCACGCGUACCGCCUGAAACUUCCGGAAACCUUGAAAAUCCACAACGUAUUCUACGUAGGGCUGCUAUCCAGAGUUCAUGAGUCGCCCAGUCAACCCUUCCCGGAACGACCCCCUCCAGAAACAAUUGAAGGGGAAGAAGAAUAUGAGGUGGAGCAGAUCAUUGACUCCAAAAGGCAACGAGGGAAAUGGUUCUACUUGAUCAAGUGGAAAGGCUAUGGACCAGAAGAUAACUUGUGGGAACCGGAAGAACUCCUGGAACACAGCCAAGAGGAAAUUCAACGCUUCAACAAGUCACGACUGAAAAAGGCUCGUGACUCCGCCAAGAGCCUUUAA